AUGCACCCGUCGGUCAUGCUCGGUGCUGGCCUCGCCAUCUGCGCCGCCUCCGCCGUCGCCGUCCCUGCUCCCAGCGAGCCUGCCGUCCUGCGCCGUCGCGACUACGACAACAACGACAACCUGCCCGCCGCUCCGUGGGUGACCGUCGACGACAAUGGCAAUCCCAGCACGACCUUCACCCCCGUCUUGACCACCAUCAGCGGGACCCCGUCUGCUGUCGACGCGGCGCCUCACGACCUCACGGCCUCGGUGUACACGCUGGCCAGCUACGGCCAUGUUUCCACCAGCACCGGCCUGCCGCCCAACCCGACCGCGACCAAUGCCGUCACCAACCAGGGCUCCUUCUCGCGAUGCUACAACAGAAACGGGCCGUAUGCGCCGUUCUGUCGCCCGUCGUACAAUUCCACCAUUUACACCGGCAAUACCUACUACAUCACCUGGGACCCGGACCACUAUAACAAGUCCGCCGCCACGCUCAACUCGACCUACUUUGUCAGCGUGCGCCUCGACUACCUCAACACCACCAGCAACGAGUACGUGCUCCUCGACAAGGUCGACAAGAGCGUCCCUGCGAAAUGGGGCUACUUCCCGCUCGCCGUCGACGGCAGGUACCUCAAGGGCCAGAAGAGCACCAACAACAUCACCAUCACCCUCUUGGGCCACGACACGGAAAACAGCAUCGCCUACAACAACAAGUCCGUCCCGCUCCCCGUCGUGGUCUCGAGCCCGCCGCUGGCCCCGACGGCGCCGAGCAACGCGCCCAAGGGCAAAACCCUCACCAUCGCUCUCCCAGCGACACUGGGCGUCAUCGCCCUCCUGCUCAUCGGCGGGUGCAUCUGGAACCGCAAGACACGCCACAUCCAGCUCGGCAAUAUCAUGAGCCGCUCUCGUCACGGAUACACGGGCCGCAAGACGCGGGGGCUAUUCAACCGCGGCCGCAAGCACGACGCCAUCCAGCUCGACACCGCCCCCCUUUCGCCCCCGCCCUUUGACUACCGCGAUGCUCCCGAGGUGGCAAGACGCGACAGCGACGCCCUGGGCAGCCUGACUGGUAGCCCCGUACGGGGAACCUUUGAAGAGCCCGGUAGUACCGGGGGGCGAAAUACGUUCCGCAACGAGGUUAGACGGCAGGAACGCGAGAGGCGGGGCGAGGUGUAG